AUGCCACUCAAAACCACUCUAGCUGCCACAAUGCGUGCAGUAGCUUGGUUUGGACAACCAUACAACGUAUCCGUCAUCGACAUGCCGGUUCCGAGCAUCGUGAACCAAACCGAUGCAAUUGUCCGAAUCACUGCAUCCGCAAUCUGUGGCUCUGACCUCCAUUUCUACCAUGGCUUUAUGGGCUCUCCAGACGUUCCAUGGGGCCUGGGCCAUGAAGCGGUUGGAUAUGUCUCCGAGGUUGGCAGCGCCAUCUCGGGCCUCCGUGUGGGUGACUACGUGAUCAUCCCUGACAACGGACACGAUGGGCAUUAUGGACAACAACACCCAAUAUCCUUUGGUACUGGCCGACCCGGCUAUGGGGGUCUGCAAGCUGAAUAUGCUCGUGUUCCUUUCGCUGAUGAGACGCUGAUUCCUAUCCCUUUCAACAACCACACCGACAAUGCAACCAAGGAGCUGGACUAUCUGAUGAUCGCUGAUAUUUUCACCACCGGCUGGCAAGCCCUAACCUACAGUGGCUUCCAGCCCGGUGACAGCGUCGCCGUCUUCGGAGCAGGACCGAUGGGCCUCCUGGCUGCGUACUCGGCCCUCCUUCGCGGUGCACGGCGCGUGUACUCGGUUGAUAAAGUCCUCGAUCGUCUAGCCCUGGCCGCCUCGAUUGGAGCCGUGCCGAUCCAGUUCAACUCCUCCGAACCCGUGCAACAGAUCUUGGACCUUGAGCCGAAUGGUGUCACUAGGGCGCUGGACUGCGUCGGAUUCGAGUCUGUGAAUGCCACGGGCCAGCGCGACGUUGGCCUAGUCCCGCGUAAUCUGGUUGCAGUCACUGCAGACCAAGGAGGUAUCGCCAUCGCAGGGGUUUAUACCGGCGGACAGAACAGCACGCGCGGCGCCCCCUUUGCCGAUACUAUCCCUGCAGAGGUGCCUCUCUCCAUUUCUUCCCUUUGGAGCAAGGCCCUGACGGUGGGCAGCGGAAUUGUUUUACCGCUGGAACAUGCUCAGCCACUCGUUGAUCUGGUUGCCUCUAGCAAAGCUACCCCGAGUUUUGUAGUGAGUUCGGCCAUUAGCAUCGAGCAGGUCCCAGAAUACUAUAGGCGCUUUAGUGAUCAUCUGGAGCACAAGGUUGUGAUUCGAUUCCCUUAG